UCGCUAAAGGCACUGGAGGGGUUUGGAAGGCCAAGCACUCCCGUUUGGCGCCCGAAGGACGCCGAUUCGCUGCUGCAUCUUCUACACCGACAAGAACGCCUACUUCCUCUACGGAUCAGGCGUAAAUGGCUGCUGCAACUGCUAACGCUGUGAACACUGUGACGGGCUACCUGAAGUCCAUUGAGCCCCUAAAUGGCACCAACUACCCCAGCUGGUAUAAAGAUGUUCAGGUGGCCAUUGCUGUGUGCGAGUAUGAUCUCGCCUUACGUCAAGAUAAGCCAGCAGAGCCCGCUGAUCCCAAUGGUGAUCGUACUGCCAUUGAGAAGUGGGAGAGAUCAGACAGGAUGGCCAACAUGAUCAUUAAGAACACGAUCACUCCGGCCAUCUGUGGUGCUAUUCCUGAUAAGGACAAGGAUGGUAAUGAUCUGAGCGCCAAGGCAUACCUUGCCAAGGUGGAGGAGAACUUUAAGAGUUCUUCCAAGACUUAUGCUAGCACGCUGAUCAUGAAGAUGCUGACUUCACAGUAUGAUGGGCAAAGUGGAAUCAGGGAGCACAUUAUGAGCAUGUGUGACAUGGCAAAUAAGCUGAAGACACUGGAUAUGGCUAUCUCUGAUGGUUUUCUGGUGCACUUCAUCAUGACUUCUCUGCCAGCACAGUACAGUCCCUUCAAAAUAAGCUACAACACUCAGAAGGCGACCUGGAGCAUGGCUGAGCUUAUUAGCUACUGUGUUGAGGAAGAAGAAAGGCAGAAAGCUGAAAGGAUGAAGGAUGCUGUCAACAUGGUCAGUGAGCGCUUUGGACGUGUUAGCAUGAGCAACACUCCUAAGCAUCAGGCUGAGUCUGGCAGCAGCAGACAGCAUAAGAGAAAGUUUAAGGGCCAUAAGAGCAAGGCCGUGUCACAUAAGAAGACCUCUAAUGAGAGGCUGUGCAAGUUCUGCAAGUCACCUAAACAUGAGCAAAAGGAUUGCCAUGGAUUUAAGGAGUGGCUUAAGAACAAAGGUAUUCAGUUCGAUCCGAACUAUAAGAGAGGGGGAGCGAAGUCUAAGAGUGGCUGAUGGCAAUGAAGUGAAGGUUGAAGGCAUUGGGAGCUUCAAUUUGGAGUUACCAGGCGGCUUCAACCUUAGUUUGCAUGAUGUUCUUUAUGUUCCCAGUUUGAAGAGAAACCUUAUUUCUGUUUCACGUUUAGAUAAGUCGGGACAUAUUUGUGAGUUUGGCAACUCAGUGUGCAACAUUAAAUUUCAUAAUUUAAGUGUGGGCCUUGGUCAUUUGCAAGGCGAUCUUUAUUUGCUCUCUCUUGAUAAAGUUUAUUCUGCAAUGAAUGUGGAUGAUGUAUCGCAUAAGCGUAAGCGUGAUGAUGAGACUUCUUCGAAAUUGUGGCAUUGUCGUUUGGGCCACAUUUCGAGGGGGAGAAUUGAGCGUCUCAUAAGAGAAGAGAUACUCCAUUCAUUAGAUCUCUCAGAAUUAGAUCAACAAUGCGUUGAUUGUAUUAAGGGGAAAUUCGCUAAGACAAUUAAGAAAGGAGCUACUCGGAGUUCGGGCCUAUUAGAAAUAAUUCAUACUGAUGUUUGUGGACCGUUCCCAGUAAAGUCUGUUGAUGGUUUUGACUCGUUCAUUACCUUCACAGAUGACUUCUCUCGUUAUGGUUAUAUUUACCCCAUUCGUGAUCGAUCCGAGUCAUUAGAUAAAUUCAAAAUAUUCAAGGCUGAAGUGGAAAAUCAGCAUAAUGUCACUAUUAAAUUAGUGAGAUCGGAUCGGGGUGGUGAAUAUUAUGGGAGACAUGCUCCAUUCGGCCAAGUACCUGGACCAUUCGCUAAGUAUCUUGAAGAGAAUGGUAUAAAGGCCCAGUACAGUAUGCCGGGCGAACCACAGCAAAACGGAGUUGCUGAGCGUCGUAAUCGUACACUAAUGGACAUGGUACGUAGCAUGCUUAGUUAUUCUACUUUGUCUGUGGAGAUGUGGAUGGAAGCAUUAAAAACAGCUGCACACAUACUUAAUCGUGUUCCUUCCAAAUCCGUGCCAAAAACACCUUAUGAGUUGUGGUUUGGGAAGAAACCAUCGCUUAAUUAUUUGCGUGUGUGGGGCUGUCCAGCCGAAGCUAAGUUAUUUAAUCCACAGCAAAAGAAAUUAGAUGAUAAGACGGUGAGCUGCUAUUUCAUCGGAUACCCUGAUAAGUCUAAGGGAUACCGAUUCUACUGUCCUGAUCGUUUCACUAAGUUCGUUGAGACCAGGCAGGCUGUAUUCCUAGAGGAUGCAGGAAUCAGUGGGAGCUUUCCGAGGAGGGAAAUUAAUCUUGAAGAAAUACGGGCUGAGCUUCCCAUCCCGGUGAUUCAAGAAACAGUAACACCUCAGUCAGUGCCGCUGUUCGUUCCUUCCGUUCAGAGUACACCAUCUGUUUAGAUUACGCCUCCUGUUCAGAGUACUAGCGCUGCUCCGGCUGUUGAAGUAGCUCCUGAGCCUGCGAGCGAACAACAAGCUGAGCAAAUGGCGCCUAAUGCUGAAGUUGAGAACCCUGUCGAGGUGUCUCAGACUGCACCUCAACCAGCACCUCAGCCUGUUGAACCAUUAAGAAGAUCACAGCGGGCUAGGAAACAGACAGUUUUCCCUGAUUGUGAGGCAUACUUAAGUGAAGACAUGUAUGAUAUCGGGAAAGCUGAUGAUCCUAACUCGUUUAGAGAGGCAGUAUCAUGUGAGAACUCUGCCAAAUGGGUUGAGGCCAUGGAAGAAGAGCUUAAGUCCAUGAGUUCCAAUGAUGUUUGGGAUCUGGUAGAUAUUCCUAAUGGAGUCAAACCAGUAGGCUGUAAAUGGGUCUACAAGACUAAACGUGAUUCUAAAGGGAAUGUCGAACGAUUCAAAGCAAGGCUUGUAGCCAAAGGUUUUACGCAAAAGGAAGGGAUUGAUUAUAAUGAAACCUUCUCCCCUGUGUCUAAGAAAGAUUCAUUCAGAAUCGUUAUGGCGCUAGUGGCUCAUUAUGACUUAGAGCUACAUCAGAUGGAUGUCAAAACUGCGUUCCUUAAUGGUGACUUAGAUGAGACCAUCUUCAUGGCACAACCGGAAGGUUUUGUUGUGAAGGGCAAGGAACAUUUGGGAUGCAGACUUAAGAAAUCCAUUUACGGGCUUAAGCAAGCGUCAAGACAGUGGAACCUUAAAUUCGAUCAAGUGAUUAAGAAAUUCGGAUUUAAGGAGAAUGACGUGGAUAAUUGUAUCUACACUAAGAUAAAGGGUGGUAAAUUUAUAAUUCUAGUGCUUUAUGUGGAUGAUAUCCUAUUAGCGAGCAGUGAUAAGCAUAUGCUGCAUGAGACAAAGGGAUUUCUUUCAUCCAAUUUUGAUAUGAAAGAUCUUGGUGAAGCCUCUUAUGUUCUGGGCAUUGAGAUACACCGAGAUAGGACCAAAGGAGUACUAGGAUUGUCUCAAAAAGCAUAUAUUGAGAAAAUGCUUAAGAGAUUUAAUAUGGAUAAGAGUAAGGCCACACCUGUUCCAUUAGCGAAGGGCGAUAAGUUUAGUGAAGCCCAAUGUCCUAAGAACCAAUUGGAAUCAGAUGAGAUGAAGGACAUACCUUAUGCUUCAGCUGUCGGAAGCCUGAUGUAUGCACAAGUCUGUACGCGUCCUGACUUGGCAUUUGCUACCGGAAUGUUUGGAAGAUAUCAGAAAAAUCCCGGAAAGGUCCACUGGGUUGGUGUCAAGAAGGCAUUACGUUACUGCCAAGGCACUAAAGACUUCAUGCUCACAUACAGAAGAUCAGAUAACCUUGAAGUUGUGGGUUAUACUGAUGCUGACUUUGCUGGAUGUGUGGAUAGUAAGAAAUCUACAUCAGGAUAUAUCUACAUGUUAGCUGGUGGAGCUAUAUCAUGGAAAAGCUCUAAGCAAAGUUUAGUUGCAGCGUCGACGAUGCAAGCUGAGUUUGUGGCAUGCUAUGAAGCAACUGGACAGGCUGUUUGGCUUAAGAAUUUUAUUCCGGGCCUCAAGGUAAUUGACAGCAUUACGGAACCUAUAACGUUAUACUGCGAUAAUCAGUCUGCAGUAUUCUUUUCGAGUAACAACAAGUCAAGUGGUGCUUCCAAACACAUUGACCUUAAAUAUCGUGUUGUGAAAGAAAGAUGCCAGGAUCGAACCAUUAAAAUUGAGCACAUAAGAACUAAUUCUAUGUUAGCGGAUCCGCUCACUAAAGGCUUACCACCGAAUGUGUUUAAGCAGCACGUUACUAAUAUGGGUUUGGUGGAUAGUCUUUAGGUCCUGGUUUAGAGCCAUUAUGACUCCCAACUAACGAAUAAGCGUUCUACCGAGGUGUUUCAGUGAGACUGUGGGUAAUGGGGUCCCAGUAGUGCAUCAAGCUACUGACGACGCAUUGGUCCGGUACUUUCUGUUACUACUAAGGGUGAACAUUAGUAUGAUACGAACAUUAGCCUUAACCGUUCGAUCAAGUGGGAGAAUGUUGGAAAUAAAUAUUUCAGUUAAGAUAUUGUGAUCUUCACUAUUAAGGAAGCGUUUAAACCAUCUAAACGCGAUUAAGGAAACCUAAUGAUAAAACCCUAAUGGGCUGUGAUCAGCAGGCCCAUUAAGCCCGUUUCCAGAGGCUGGCCCCAGCCCCACAGUGCCUAUAAAUAUAAGGUCGUGGUUAGCACCUUAAUCAACCAUUCAUCUCAAUCUA